GGCAAAACCUGUAAAAAAGGAAAAAAAGGACCUGCAGAGAAGGGGAAAAGUGGAAACGGAGGAGGGAAACCUGGUGGUCCAAAUCGGAUGAAUGGACAUCACCAACAGAAUGGUGUGGAAAACAUGAUGCUGUUUGAGGUAGUGAAAAUGGGCAAGAGUGCUAUGCAGUCUGUAGUGGAUGACUGGAUAGAGUCGUAUAAACAUGACAGAGAUAUAGCACUUCUUGAUCUCAUUAACUUCUUUAUUCAGUGUUCAGGCUGCAAAGGGGUUGUUACAGCAGAGAUGUUCCGACAUAUGCAGAAUUCUGAAAUAAUCCGAAAAAUGACUGAAGAAUUUGAUGAGGAUAAUGGAGAUUACCCACUGACUAUGGCUGGCCCCCAGUGGAAGAAGUUCAAAUCCAGUUUUUGUGAGUUCAUUGGAGUACUCGUCCGGCAGUGUCAGUACAGCAUCAUAUAUGAUGAGUAUAUGAUGGAUACUGUCAUUUCACUGCUCACGGGGCUGUCAGACUCACAAGUCAGAGCAUUUCGGCACACCAGCACACUGGCAGCCAUGAAGCUGAUGACUGCUUUAGUGAAUGUGGCAUUAAAUCUUAGUAUUAACAUGGACAACACCCAGCGGCAGUAUGAAGCAGAACGAAAUAAAAUCAUUGGGAAACGAGCUAAUGAUAGGCUGGAACUCUUACUCCAGAAAAGAAAGGAGCUUCAAGAAAAUCAGGAUGAAAUAGAAAACAUGAUGAAUGCAAUAUUUAAAGGUGUUUUUGUGCAUAGAUACCGAGAUGCAAUUGCUGAAAUCAGAGCCAUCUGCAUUGAAGAGAUUGGGAUAUGGAUGAAGAUGUACAGUGAUGCCUUUCUCAAUGACAGCUACUUAAAAUAUGUGGGGUGGACUAUGCAUGAUAAGCAAGGAGAAGUAAGACUCAAAUGCCUAACUGCUUUGCAAGGGCUUUACUAUAAUAAAGAGCUUAAUUCCAAAUUGGAACUCUUCACCAGUCGGUUCAAGGAUAGAAUUGUGUCUAUGACUCUUGACAAAGAAUAUGAUGUUGCAGUCCAAGCAAUAAAAUUACUCACUCUUGUUUUACAGAGUAGUGAAGAAGUUCUGACUGCAGAAGACUGUGAAAAUGUCUACCACCUGGUUUAUUCAGCUCACCGGCCAGUGGCAGUUGCUGCAGGGGAAUUCCUUUACAAAAAGCUUUUCAGCCGCAGAGAUGCUGAAGAUGAUGGAAUACUUAAAAGGAGAGGAAGACAAAGUCCAAAUGCUAAUCUUGUGAAGACGUUAGUGUUUUUCUUUUUGGAAAGCGAACUGCAUGAACAUGCUGCUUAUCUCGUGGACAGCAUGUGGGACUGUGCAACAGACCUCUUGAAGGACUGGGAAUGUAUGAAUAGUCUUCUGCUGGAGGAGCCUCUCAAUGGAGAAGAACCUUUAACGGAUAGACAGGAAAGUGCACUGAUCGAAAUCAUGCUUUGUACCAUUCGGCAAGCGGCUGAAUGUCAUCCUCCUGUGGGAAGAGGAACAGGAAAAAGGGUGCUGACAGCAAAGGAAAAGAAAACCCAGCUGGAUGACAGGACAAAAAUUACUGAACUUUUUGCAGUGGCACUUCCUCAGUUGCUAGCAAAGUAUUCUGUAGAUGCAGAAAAAGUCACCAACUUACUGCAGCUGCCACAGUACUUUGAUUUGGAAAUUUAUACAACAGGACGAUUAGAAAAGCAUUUGGAUGCCUUACUGCGACAAAUCCGGGAUAUUGUGGAGAAACACACAGAUAUAGAUGUUUUGGAAGCCUGUUCCAAAACCUACCACGCUCUCUGUAAUGAAGAGUUCACCAUCUUUAACAGGGUUGACAUUGCAAGAAGUCAGUUAAUAGAUGAGUUGGCAGACAAGUUUAAUCGACUUCUGGAGGACUUCCUGCAAGAGGGGGAGGAACCUGAUGAAGAUGAUGCAUAUCAAGUCUUAUCAACACUGAAGAGAAUCACUGCUUUUCACAAUGCUCAUGACCUAUCAAGAUGGGACUUGUUUGGCUGCAACUACAAGUUAUUGAAAACUGGCAUUGAAAAUGGAGACAUGCCAGAACAGAUUGUUAUUCAUGCACUGCAGUGUACUCAUUAUGUAAUCCUUUGGCAGCUAGCAAAAGUUACUGAAAGCAGUUCCACAAAGGAGGAUCUUCUACGUCUGAAGAAGCAGAUGAGAGUGUUCUGUCAAAUCUGCCAACACUACCUGACCAAUGUAAACACUGCUGUUAAGGAACAGGCUUUCACAAUUCUUUGUGAUGUGUUGAUGAUCUUCAGUCAUCAGAUUAUGACAGGAGGACGUGACAUGUUGGAGCCACUUGUUUACACUCCUGAUUCUUCAUUGCAGUCUGAACUACUCAGUUUUAUUUUAGAUCAUGUCUUCAUUGAUCAGGAUGAUGAUAAUAAUAGUGCAGAUGGCCAGCAGGAUGAUGAAGCAAGCAAAAUUGAAGCAUUGCACAAAAGAAGAAAUCUCCUUGCAGCUUUCUGUAAGCUCAUUGUAUAUACCGUGGUGGAAAUGAACACAGCUGCAGACAUUUUCAAGCAAUAUAUGAAGUAUUACAACGACUAUGGUGAUAUUAUUAAAGAAACCAUGAGUAAAACAAGACAGAUAGACAAAAUCCAGUGUGCUAAGACACUUAUUCUUAGUUUGCAGCAGCUUUUCAAUGAAAUGAUUCAAGAAAAUGGUUACAAUUUUGACAGAUCUUCACCAACAUUCAGUGGCAUAAAGGAACUUGCUCGACGUUUUGCUUUAACGUUUGGAUUGGAUCAGUUGAAAACAAGAGAAGCUAUUGCCAUGUUACACAAGGAUGGCAUAGAAUUUGCUUUUAAGGAGCCUAAUCCACAAGGUGAGAGCCACCCACCAUUAAAUUUGGCAUUUCUUGAUAUCCUGAGUGAGUUCUCCUCCAAACUUCUCAGACAAGACAAAAGAACAGUGUAUGUUUACUUGGAGAAGUUCAUGACCUUUCAGAUGUCUCUACGAAGAGAAGAUGUGUGGCUUCCUCUCAUGUCCUACAGAAACUCUUUACUAGCUGGUGGGGAUGAUGACACUAUGUCAGUGAUUAGUGGUAUUAGUAGUCGAGGAUCUACAGUAAGAAAUAAGAAGACAAAACCAGCAACAGGCAAGCGGAAAGUACCUGAAGCUGAAGAAAGCAGCAGUAGUGACAGUAUGUGGCUGAACAGGGAGCAGUCGAUGCACACACCAGUCAUGAUGCAGACGCCUCAGCUGACUUCCACAAUAAUGAGGGAGCCCAAGAGAUUGCGACCCGACGAGAAUUACAUGGGUGUCUAUCCUAUGCAGCCUGAGCACCACCAAGCUCCCCUUGAUUACAACACGCAAGUAACGUGGAUGUUGGCUCAAAGGCAACAGGAAGAAGCCGCGCGACAACAGCAGGAGAGGGCAGCGAUGAACUACGUCAAGCUGAGAAGCAACUUGCAACACGCCAUUCGACGUGGCACGAGUCUAAUGGAAGAUGAUGAGGAGCCAAUUGUUGAAGAUGUGAUGAUGUCAUCAGAAGGGAGGAUUGAAGAUCUUAAUGAAGGCAUGGAUUUCGACACCAUGGACAUAGACCUACCACCAUCAAAGAACAGGAGAGAAAGAACGGAACUAAAACCAGAUUUCUUUGACCCCGCUUCAAUCAUGGAUGAAUCGGUUCUUGGGGUGUCAAUGUUUUAAUACCAGAACAGCAAAUAAAUCAGUGGUGAAGUCAUUUUCUAAGUGGAAGAGGAAGUUUUUCAAUACAAAAUUGUGGUAGAUACAGUGAAAUUCUGAACAGAUUUUUCUCUAAGGAGAAUGACAUGCUUUCAAGAUCAAGUGCAUUGAAGGGGCAGUUUUGUUUGCCUGAAAACAAAAAUAAAAAAGAAAUGUAAAGGACAAGUAAACAAUUUGAGGAUAAGCUACACUUUUUGUUGGGAAAAAAAAUCAAUAUUUUAUUUAUGUGCUAUCAGUUUAUUUCCGGAUCAUAAGAAGUAUUCCCUCUGAGUUUUAAUCUAACAGUCUGAGAGGUGUUUGGUACAGAUUUGAGCCCCUCUCGAUACAUUUGCUGGCUGUACUAAAUAAUCAUAAGCUCUGCUGGAUUGCUGUUCACAUCCAUGAACUGAAACAGUAGAUGGAUUGGUUUUCUUACAGUGAUAGAACCAGAAGAGUUGUCAGUAUUUUCAAUUAAACGCAAACUUCAGCAACAGAAGGUUUGUAUUAAUUCAUCAUGGAAAAAAAAAAUACAUAAAGCAGAACUUUAACAGCUUUUUAAUCUAAAACACACUUUUAUUCCAAAAGCUUCAUGUUAGCCUUCUCAGAAAGGUCCAUAGACUAUGAGCUACCAGAACGUACCAGAUCUCACUCAUGCUUGCCCAUUACCAACCCUGAAAGUUUGCUUGUCCUUUAAGAAAAAUGUAAUGUUGUGAAAUUCCUUCCAGUAGUGCCACUGUAUUUUGUCUCCAAAUAAAAGAAGCUUAUUGUAGUAUGUUUGCAGAAAAAUUCUAAACAAAAAUUAUACAGCUUAUUAGAGUGUGGGAAUAGGGAUCUAAAUUUUAAAUAAAAUUAUAUAUAUAUAUAAAUUGGUGCUGAUUUUAUAAUUGCGCAGUUUGUUUAGUUUUUUCUUACUUUUAAAUUCCAACUUAAAAUUAUGAGGUUUCAGAAAUAUAUUGAAAGUUUAACAAUGUUUAAAAAUAGAAGAGCAUGAGAAUUCAUGCUUUAAAAAUGAUUUUUAAAUUUGUAUUUUAUAUUGUUUUAUCUAUCUGUCUUUGCAAGCAGUCUUCAGGUUAAAGAUACUUCUAACAGGUUACAGUACAUUUCCUCUGUAUGUAAAUUAGAUUGGAUAAUAGAAAUUCAUAAACAACCCAUAAUAUUCUUUGAAAGCUAAGCUUUAAACUUCGUUUUGUGUCCAUUCACAAAUAAAUUAAAUUUGGUCUAAAACAGAAAGUGGAUUUAUGCCAUUUUGACAUCGACUCAUUUUGCAAGGCUUAGGCAGCUAGACAUCAUUUUAAAGGAAAUAUUAACUUAUAUUACAUAUGUAUAUUUUUUGUCAGUUGUCUCUCAGUUCUUGAGGUAUAUUAUUUUAAUCAUUCCAUGCCUUAAUACGCUUGCAAUACAAGAAUCUCCCCAAAUGGGUGAAUACAAAAAAAGGCUUCCUGUUUUUAGACUCAGAAAUUAAACAUUCGGCUGUGGUAGCCAAAAACCAUAGAUUAUCUAAAGGAUCAUGAUAAAAUAUAAUUAUUUUACUAAGUCAUGGGGUAACAACAAACUCAAAACUAGAUCUGCCUAACUCAUUUUACAUAAAUAAAUACUCUCAUGUCUAAAAGUACUGCCUAUAUUGUUUUUCACACCACUGCAUUUAAUAGAACUGCUGAGAGGACUGUAUAUAUGAUUUUAAACCUAAGUUGAUUUUUCUUACUCUUGAAGGAGUGUUUCUUUGUGAAAGCAGUUCUUACAGCUUUGUUUUCAACCAGCUAAAAAUGUUUUAUAUAUUUACCUUAACCUGUUGUCCUCCACAUUCUAUUGUCCUAAUUGUACUGUUUUCUGAUUUGUAUUUAUGUCUUGAGACAGUAACUUUUUGAAUAAAAAUAAACCUACAGUAUGUUGUA